CCACAUUUUAGGGAGAAAUAAGCCUUCUUGAUGGCUACUCACGUGCAUUUUCACGUGGCAAAUACUGGCUUCAUCUCACGACUUUGUUACAAGCCGGCGUCAACUCUUGGAGUUCUCUUACCCUCUCCCAUGCUCAUCUUUCCCAACCCCUCAAAAUCUCCUCUUUCCCCAGCCCAUAUCCGCCGUCUCUUCCCAGCCUUCCUCCCCUCUAAACCCUUCUCCUCCUCCUCCUCCUCUUCUUUCCCCACUCCAACCACAGCCCCAACUCCCACCCCCGAAGAAGACCUCGCCGGUCUCAUCCUCCAACAGAAGACCCCCUCCGCCGCCCUCCGCAUCUUCCGAUGGGCCGCCCGCAUCCCCUCCUUCCCCGCCGCCUCCCCCGCCGCCUCCACCGCCCUCCUCCGCUCCUUCCUCUCCUCCGGUCGCCCCGCUGCCGCCCUCCGCCUCCUCUCCGCCCUCCCCUCCCCUCCUGACGACACCACGCUCGUCUCCCUCAUCCGCGCCCUCUCCCGCGCCGGCAACCCCCACGGCGCCUUCCGCGUCCCCGACCUCCUCCGCCCCCACCGCUCCCCCUCCCUCCGCCUCCUCAACUCCGUCCUCGACGCCCUCGUCCAGCACGACAUCGAUCUCGCCCGCCACUUCUUCCGCCGAAAAAUGGCAGCUUUCGGCGUCCGCGGCGAUGAGCGCACCUUCGGCAUCCUGAUGAAGGGCCUCUGCCGCACGAAUCGGAUCGCCGAGGCGUUUAAGCUCUUGAAACUCAUGAAAGACAGCGGCUUGACGCCAAACCCGGUGAUCUACAACACUUUGAUCCAUGCCCUCUGCCGCAAUGGGAAGGUGGGGACGGCAAGGAGCUUGAUGAGGGAAAUGAAUACCCCGAGCGACAUUACCUUCAACAUUCUGAUCUCGGCCUUCUGCGGGGAUGGCAGUGUGGUUCAGGCCUUGGUAAUGCUGGAGAAAUGUUUCGAUCUUGGCUUCGUUCCGGAUGCCAUUUCAGUCACCAAGAUAGUAGAGCUUCUCUGCAACCACAGCCGGGCUAUGGAGGCAGUGGAGCUUUUGGAAAGAGUCGAGAAUAAGGGCGGUGUGGUCGAUACUGUGGCUUAUACCACUCUGAUUAAAGGGCUUUGUAGGAUGAAAAAGCCGCAGGUGGGGCGGCGGGUGUUGAAGGAGAUGGAGAGUAAAGGAGUUCUUCCCAACGUGCACACCUACAAUUCCUUGAUCUCUGGGUUCUGUGAUUCGGGGAAGCUCGGCUUGGCUAUGGAGCUCUUUGAAGAGAUGAGGAUGGAUGGCAUCAGUCCAAAUUUUAAAACUUUUGAUACAUUGAUUCGAGGAUUGUGCUUCGGAGGGAGGAUCACAGAUGGGUUGAAGGUUGUGAGCUUGAUGGAAGAGGAGAGAGGAGGACAUGGAGACAGCAUUAGUCCUUAUAAUAGUGUUCUAUACGGGCUUUACAAGGAAGGCAGCAUGGAAGAAGCCUUUGAGUUUCUUAACAGGAUGGCAAGCUCUUUUCCUAGAGCUGUUGACAGAAGCUUGAGGAUAUUGAGAUUCUGCCAGGAGAAUAAGGUUGAGGAGGCCAAGAUGGUUUAUGAUCAGAUGGUUGGGGAGGGGGACAUUCCCAGUGUGCUGAUUUAUGAAAGCUUAAUUGAAGGCUUGUGCAAGGAAGGGAAUGUUCGUGAAGCAUUUGAUUUGAUGAAUUUGAUGGUGGAGAAGGAUCUUUUCCCUGAGGUUUCGACUUUCAAUGCAUUGAUUCAUGGGUUUUGUAGGGAAGGGAAAUUUAGAAGUGCCUCGAAGCUGCUUGACGAGAUGGUUAAGAGGGGUUGCAAUCCUAAUUCUGAUAGUUACAGUUCCUUGAUUUGUGGUCUUUGCAAGCAAGGUGAUUUGGACAAAGCGUUUGGUUUCUUGGUGCAAAUGGUGGAGGCGGAUGUCAUACCUGAUCAGGACACUUGGAACUCCUUGCUAACGAGUGAACAACCAUGGUUGAAAUGUGAAAAUGGCAAUCAAAUUAAUGAUGUUUUAGGCAGUUCUAGAGAGAAUUGAGUUGCUGAAAUUAUUUAAAAAAGCAUUCAUCACAAUUGAUCUAAGAGGGGCAUAAUUAUCCAGUAAGCUGGCUUGGAGUUGUAGGCCUUUCGUUGGUGUUUGAACUGAGCAAUGUCUUGUUGCAGAGGCCACCAGUGAUGGGGAAUGGGUGAUGAAGAGUCAUAAUGGAUUUAGAUGGUUUCACAUCUCACUGGGACUGGCUGACAGGCUGAGGCUAUUUUUGUUGAGAUGAUCAGCAUGACAUGAUCUGCUUCUAGUUAAAAGAAUGACAAUGGAUGGUAUAAUACAUAUGUUUGAGACAUCUAAAUGCAAUUUUGGUUUUUAUCUUGUGGAACAAUUCAAGGCAAUGAAGAACAUAGAGGGGGCACAAGGACAUGAUCGGUCCUUAAAAAUAAUAUUUCAUAUGGACUCUUCACGAGAGCAAAUUGGAAGAAGGCUUCUGAGUUUUGUUACAUGAUGUGGAGCUUUUGGUUGGAGCUCUUGACAGAUGCUUGACUAUGUUGCAAUCUUGCCUGGAACAAGGUACAUUUAGGGAAGUUAUGUUGGGUUAUGAUCAGAUGUAUGUUAAUUUGAUCACACUAAACUGAAAACAGUUGUGCAAAGAAUGCAGGUCAAGCUAGCAGCAUUUGCUUAUCUGAAUCAAUAGUUCAGACAAAUUUUUUUCUAAUACUUUGAACAUCUGAUGUUUUGAUUUAUCCUUUUUUGCAAACAUGGCAAUUACAAAAAUGCUUCAAAUCAGCUGGAGGAAAUAGGAUUCGCUGACCUCCUAAUCUUGGUUUUUGAAAAGAAAGACGAGCAAAGCCCAUUGAAAUUCCAUUAAUUCUAUGAAAUAUAAGGAAGACAGGAUUUGGGUCUUGGUCUCUUGGAUCAAUACACUCCACAAGGCUUUACCAGCCUGACAAGAUGGCGCCCUUGUUCUCCUAUCACUGGUAGACCUAGCCCUUUAGCAGUGGUUUUGUGGGCAGGGUUCUGAAUAACUCUGUGUGUUCCUAAUGGGUGUCCUUAUUACAUGGUGUAAUGAGAUGCUUUCCUGGAUCAUUUCGUACCUUGAGUCUUUGCUUCAAAGUGAGUAUGGAUGGAAAGCAGUCAGCUAAAAUAUUGCUAGAUGAUGUUACAUCUUGUAAUAGUUGUAUUGAUGAAUACUAAUUUCUUCUACUCAGUGUAGAAUUUCCAUAGCCAUUUAAUUUAAAGAGAUAAAGUUUGUUUA